ACUCUGGAUUUAUGUUUGUAGAUCAAUAUUGUAAUGUUCGAUUAAUGUUCGAUUAAUUACUACUUUUCCUUUUACUUUUAUAUAAUGGCGUUUUGGAAACCAGGAACUGUUGCACCAGGAAUAAGUGUUGAUCGCGAGGCAGAAAAAGAAACAAACGAAAACCUAGUGACCUUUGUUAAUUAUGACACUAAUUUAUCAAUUCAACAGCAAAGAAAGGGGUUACCGAUUUUCAAAUCACGUGAUCAAAUACUUUAUCUCGUGGAACAAUAUCAGACAACAAUUAUCGUUGGACAAACAGGUUGUGGCAAAUCAACGCAAUUGCCCCAAUAUCUUCAUGAAGCGGGCUGGACAGUAGGUGGUCGGAUUGUAGCUUGUACUCAACCUCGUCGCGUGGCCGCUGUGACGGUUGCUGAUCGCGUUGCUUCUGAGAUGAAUGUAAAGCUUGGCAAUGAAGUCGGAUAUAGCAUUAGAUUCGAAGAAUGUUAUGAUCCAAAUUUAACAAGUAUCAAAUACAUGACCGAUGGCAUGUUGUUUCGAGAGACAUUUCUUGAUCCUUUAUUAACACAAUACAGUGUUAUUAUGAUUGACGAAGCUCAUGAGCGCAGCUUAUAUACUGAUCUUUUGUUGGGAAUUCUGAAAAAAAUUCAGAAAAGAAGACCAGAAUUAAGACUUAUUAUUUCUUCUGCUACAUUGGAUGCAGAAGCAUUUUAUGAGUUUUAUAACACUAAUACAACGAAUGAUUCUAGUAAGGAUAAUGUAUCUAUAAUUUCUUUGGAAGGUAGGAUGUUUCCAGUGGAUAUACAUUACCUAGAAGAACCAUGUCAAGAUUACGUUGAAACUGCAAUUCAAACCGCUUUUGAUAUUCAUGUAAAGGAGCCUCCAGGAGAUAUUCUUAUAUUUUUAACUGGGCGUGAUGAAAUUGACAAAACUGUUGGAGAAAUUUUUCAAAGAGCUACAACCUUACCUCGAUCGGCCAUGAAAAUUAAACCGUUACCUAUUUAUGCUGGAUUACCUUCCGAGCAACAAUUGGAAAUAUUUGAACAAACUCCACAAAAUACUCGCAAAGUAGUAGUGGCUACUAAUAUAGCCGAAGCUUCUAUUACGAUAGGAGGAAUUGUAUACGUUAUCGAUUGUGGCUUUGUUAAAUUACGAGCUUAUAAUCCCAAAACUGGGAUGGAAAGCCUUACCGUGGUUCCAAUAUCCAAAGCUUCGGCUCAACAAAGGGCAGGUCGUGCGGGUAGAGUUAUGCCUGGAAAAGCAUAUAGAUUGUACACAGAGGAUUCAUUUUAUAAAUUGAGAGACGCCAGUAUCCCAGAGAUACAAAGAAGCAAUCUGGCUCAAGUUGUUCUCCAUUUGAAAGCAUUAGGAAUUGAUAACGUUUUAAGAUUUGAUUUUAUGACACCCCCACCCGCUGAACUUAUGAUACGAGCGUUAGAAUUAUUAUAUUCUUUGAAAGCACUUGAUGAUUACGGUCGGCUUACCAUGCCAUUAGGGAUGCAAUUAGCAGAAUUUCCUGUCGAUCCAAUGCUCGGAAAAAUUUUACUGGAUUCGUAUAAGUAUCAAUGUGCUGAAGAAAUGCUUACUAUAGCUGCAAUGAUAUCAGUUCAGAAUGUUUUUGUCACUCCUUCAAGUCCAUCAGCUGAAUUUGAAGAAGAGAAACGAAAAUUUGCUGUUGAAGAAGGUGACCAUAUAACAUCAUUGAACGUAUUUAAUGCCUUCGUCACCCGUGGAAAGAAAUCUGCAAGAUGGUGUCAUCAACGUUAUUUAAAUUUUCGUGCACUUUCUCGCGCUUUAUCAAUUCGUGAGCAAUUAAAAAAGUAUUUAGUAAGAUUUGAUGUACCAAUUGAAUCAUGUGGAAAUGACACUGUGAAAAUUAGGAAAUGUCUUGUCAGUGGAUAUUUUGCUCACGCUGCUAAGAUGCAAUCUGAUGGAUCGUUUAGAUCUGUUAGAGACAAUGUUGAAUUACAUGUACACCCAUCUUCCAUAUUAUUUACUCGUAAUGCUCCUUGGGUUAUUUUCCAUGAAGUUGUUUCCACAACUAAAGCAUUUAUGCGAGAGUUAACAAUAAUUGAUCCUGCCUGGCUAACUGAAUUAGCUCCUCAUUUUUAUGAAAUUAGGAAAACAUCCUUACCAGCUCAUUGAAAAUAUAAGGAUUUAUGGAGCCGUUUUCU